AUGACCACCCCUGCCCCCGCUGUCCCCAAGAAAAAGGACUUCAACAAGACUCCCCAGGAACUCGUCACCGAAUUCUGGGACCAGUUUUUUCGCGUCAGCUCCUCCCGCAAUGCCACGGAUAGCUACCUGGCUGCCGUCAAGGAGUGCAAGGAGAAGGUGAAGCGCAUUGUCCGAGAAUGCGAGCGCACCAACGAGAAGUUCACCGACCCUGAUUUCGAUAUCGAGGGUGACCUUGAAAUACGCAACUGUCUCCACGGACUCACCCAUGACGCCGACCUAGAGGAGUUCUACGGCGUGCUCGAGCAGCUGUACGACUCGGGAGCCGCCAAGGGCGGCAAAAAGGGCACCAACUCACGCGCCCGCGGAGCUCCUCGCAGUGCCGAAGAUGCCCUCGACACCCCGGCGGCACCCGAAGGUGCGAAAGACCGCGAAGGUGUUAAGGCCGGUUGGCGUGAGACUUUCUCUCCCGGCUCCGUCCACCGCCUCGACUGGAUCUUUGAAUCACCCCAGUGGACCAAGGACGGCUACUCGUCGUCAGACAUCAAGCAGGGCUGCGACGGCGACUGCUGGUGGCUAGCCGCCGUGGCCACUAUCGCCCACCGCAAAGAUCUCAUGGACAAGGUCUGCGUUGCCCGCGACGAGGAAGUCGGCGUCUACGGCUUUGUCUUCUUCAAAGACGGGGAGUGGACCAGCACCGUCGUCGACGACAAUCUCUACCUGACGGAAGAGGACUACAGGUACUACUACGACGAGUACGAUCCGACGGGGAAGAAGGGGCGUAAGCACCGCAAGGACAAGCAGACGGGGUCCGAAGCCCUGUACUUCUCCCAGUGCUCUGACCCGAACGAGACCUGGCUGCCCCUGCUGGAGAAGGCCUAUGCCAAAGUCCACGGCGACUACGAGGCCAUUUCCGGCGGUUGGCCCGGUGAGGGCGUCGAAGACAUGACGGGCGGCGUGUCUGCCAUGUUGCAGUCCAACAGGGUGCUGCGGAAGGAUAAGCUGUGGAAGGAGCUGGUGAACUCGAAUGGCAACUUUGUCUUCUCGUGCUCUGCUCACGGCUAUGCCUCUACGAGAGGUAGCAUGGCCAACGGCCACGCGUAUUCCAUCCUGAAGGCCACUGAGGAGGUCGAUGAGGAUGGCAGGAAGGUCAGAUUGGUGAAGAUUCGCAACCCCUGGGGCGAGCGGUCGUCGUGGGGAAGUGGCGAGUGGGAUGGGCCUUGGUCGGACGGAUCUAAGGAAUGGACGCCGUAUUGGCUCAAGAAACUCGACCACAAGUUUGGCGACGACGGCGAAUUCUGGAUGUCGUACCAAGACAUGCUGGAUAACUUCUUAUACCUCUACCGGACUCGUCUCUUCGAUGACAAAUGGAAUGUAGUCCAGCAAUGGACCGCUGUCACUGUUGGCUGGAUUGCCGGCUAUCUGAACAAGAAGUUUGUCAUUGAUAUCAAGAAGGGAGGAACCGUGGUGAUUGUGCUGAGCCAACUUGACGAGCGGUACUUCCAAGGCCUUGAAGGACAGUACAGGUUCAUCCUCCACUUCGUCCUACAGGAUGAGGACGGGAAGGAGCAGCUCUGCCGCGUGCGUCCCACCCUUGACUGGAGUUCUCGAUCGGUCAGCUGCGAGCUCGAUCUCGAGCCUGGGCGCUAUGAAGUCUUGCCCAAGAUCACGGUCGAGCGGGAUACCAGCCAGCGUAUGGUCGAGGAUGUCGUCACUCGAUGGGCCGAGGAUAACCCCACUAAGCUCCGUCAAAUCGGUAUGCAGUACGAUCUCGCCCACGCCAAGGGCGGCGUCCCUGACGAGGACGAAAUCAUCACCCAGAGGAAAGAAGAGAAAAAGAAGAAGGAAGAGGAAAAGAAGGCCAAGGCCAAGGCCAAGAAAGAAAAGGAGCGCAGAGAAAAGAGGAAGGAGAAGCAGGUUCAGAUCACCAUCAACGUGCCGGAGGGUACUACCGUGGACACUUCCGGCGCUGGCACGGCCAACGUGGAGGGUGCUGAUAAGAAGGAGACAGAGAAGACAGAGGAAAAGAAGGAAGCAGAGAAGACAGAGAAGACAGAGGAAAAGAAGGAGAAGGCAGAGGAAGAGGAGAAUUUUGAGGAUGCUGUCGAGGAGAAGUCCAAGGAGGACGGUGAGAAAAAGGAUGGCGAGAAGAGGACGGUCGAUUCCAAAAAGGUAAGUGCCCCUUCGUCAUCAUCCAAGAGCGCAAACCAUGGUGAAGGAAAGAAGACUGAGAAGACUGUGAAGGAGGGUGAAAAGAAGGAAGACACUACUGCUGCUGCUGCUACUGUUGUAGAGGAGAAGCCCGCAGAGGCCGAGAAGAAGGCAGAAGAGAAGCCAGUUGAGGAGACGGCGCCAGUGCCAGUGGCUGCGACUGAAGAGGUUGAGGAGGAAGACCUAUCUGAAGACGAGGAAGAAGAAGAGGAGGAGCCCAAGAUCGAGUACGAGGAGGGCAAGAUUCCCUGGAAUGCUGUUUGUGUUGUUGGCUUGAGGGUGUAUGCUCAGGAUCCCGAUGUCACGGUCACGCUGGCGACUCCGAGCAGUGCGGAGGAGGGGGCAAGUCUUGUUGUGGAUCAGCAUGCUGUUGGGGCUACUAUUUGA